UAACCACCCUUUCUUUGAACCCCAAAACACAAAACACCACACAAUAAAUAAACCAAACAACUCAAAGGAAAUGUAUGAUAGCUUCAAAAACGAGUACCAACUUUGCGAGGAGAUCGGCCGAGGACGAUUCGGCAUCGUUUACCGCUGUUUCUCUCCUUCUUCAUUAGCUUCUUUCGCCGUCAAAUCAAUCGAUAAACGCCACCUUCUUGACGACGAUCUUGACCGUCAAUGCCUCGACAAAGAGCCUAAGAUCCUUCAAAUCCUAUCUCCUCAUCCUAAUAUCCUCCAGAUCCACAAUAUUUUUGAUUCCGAUUCUCGUCUUCUCAUCGUUACCGAUUUGUGCAAGGAAUCGACUCUUUACGACCGUAUCGUCUCGUCGGGCCCGUUUACCGAGCCCGACGCUUGUUCCAUUUUCACCCAGCUGGCUGAGGCUCUUCACCACUGCCACCGUAACUACAUCUGCCACAGGGACAUAAAGCCGGACAAUAUAUUGUUUGACACAAGGAACAGGGUGAAGCUUUGUGAUUUUGGGUCAGCAGAGUUUUUUGGUUGCGGCGGGGAGCGAGAGAAGAUGAGUGGGGUAGUAGGGACGCCGUAUUAUGUGGCGCCAGAGGUGUUAGCGGGGAGGGAGUAUAAUGAGAAGGUAGAUGUUUGGAGUGCGGGUGUAAUUUUAUACAUUAUGCUGGGAGGUGUUCCACCAUUUUACGGUGACAGUGUUGAGGAUACUUUUGCGGCUGUUCUUCGUGGUAAUCUUAGAUUUCCGACUAAAAUUUUCAGGUCUGUUUCGCCUGAAGCCAAGGAUUUGAUGAGGAAGAUGCUUUGUAAAGAUGUUUCUCGAAGAUUUUCUGCUGAACAAGUUCUAAGGCAUCCAUGGGUAACAAGUGGAGGAUUGAGCAACACAAUGAGUGACAUGAGUUAAAGUACAAAUCUUACUGUAAUUUUGAGUAUAUAAAUAGGAGAUAUAAAGUGGGAUCAAGAUGAAAUUCCUCGAGGAUGGAUUGUUCCGUAUCUUCUUCGAUCCCGUGUUUUACAAGACUUCAGAAAAAAAAAAAAAAAAAAAGUAAAAA